UGAGCUGCGUCUGCGCUGCCGUUGACUUAACUUAAACUUAAAUAUAAUAAUAAGUUAUAUUGAUAGGUUAAAACUUAAACAGCAUAUAUAUCCUAUAGGUAUUUUGGUAAGAGUAAAUAGAAUGGCCGUUUAAGGAGUGCUUUGUCUUAAUAAUGUGCAUAAUUAUAUAGAAUGGCCGAGACUUGCAGACUCGGUAGUCAAAUAGACAGAAAGACUGUAGCUAACGACGAUGAAUAUUUUUGUGUGUUUAAUGUGUUAAGUGUAUUUAUAUCACUUGUUACAAUACUAGCCGAUUUAACAACAGAUAUCCUGGUUUUUGCAGAAUACUGCAAAGAUGGGUAUUUACAUUGGGCCCUUGCAACUUUUAUUUUUAUGUUGUCUCCUAAUGUUCUAAUUAAUAUAUUUUCAAUAAGAUGGUUUAUUAUAGACAAUAAAUCAACUAUCAAACAUUGGAUUACACAUGGAUUCCUUGUAGGAUUAUUAGAAAGGUAUAUAAUAUUCUUGCGAAAGGUGUUCACCUGCAAGAACUUGGAAUCCGUAAAAACACAAAAGUUAAUAUGUCAAAGAAAUGAUUUGAGCCUUUUGCAUUAUUUAUAUAUUUUUACGGGUACAAUACCGCAGAUAAUUCUGCAAACAUAUGCUAUAUUGAUGUUAAAUGAGAAUUACCAUACUAAAGUGUUUGCACUGACAGCAUCAAUAGCCUCAGUAGUGUGGGGCAGUAUUACAUACAUCUACAGUAUUAUAUUAUUAUCAAAUGAAACAUUUCAAUGGAAAUCGCUGUUAUUAAAACUAAUAUGGCAUUUCGGUAUGUUGAUCGGAAGAAUUGCAGGGAUUUUACUCUUUUCAAUUGUUUUCGGUAUGUGGACGUUAUUACCAUUAGUAUUACAUUGGGCUGCUAUGACUUUUUGGAUUGUAAUACAGAAAACAACUUUCUGUCCUAAUAAACUUGAAGAAACAUUGUACAAUGCGGUUAUGGGAUUUGUGUAUUGUUUCUCGUUUAUAAAUUUACGAGAAGGUCAAACACGGUAUCGUCUUAUGAUGUUUUAUACAUUCAUGGUCACACAAAACUUUGGCAGUUUAUUUCUAUACGUGCUAAUAACGGAUACUGAAAAACAAAGAAAACCUUGGUCGAUUGCUGCAACUAUCUGUAUUAUUGCGGGUACUAUUUUUGGAAUGUUUGCAAUGAUAUUGUAUUAUAGAUAUUUUCAUUCAAAAGGACCAAUCCCAUGGAAAUACGCCGAGCCUGAUAUUGAACUGAAUAACAAAGUUUCCCAGACUGGCAAUAUACCUAGUAAACCCAGUUCAUUGUGUCAUGUCAGGUCAUUUAAAAGUGCAAAUAAAGAUAAAACUACGGACACUCCAAGCAAAGAUCCAACAAUAAAAGAACAAGUAUCCCAAAUUGAAAGUGAACAUGCAGAUAAGAAAUUCUUACUCGAUCAUUGGAUCGCUAGAUCUGGAUCUCCGACAUUUACAUCUGCGCCAGUCGGCAACGUCAGCGCAGAUGCAUCGAGUAUUGAAAUAUAUUCAAUAGAGAAUACUCCUCAGUGUACUGCUACAAAACGGGACAAUUCAAAAAUCGAGCAAAUUACCUCGAAAAUAAAUAAAAAGAAGAUUAUCGCCCCACCAACAGAACUUACUUUAAAAGUACCCUCCAUAGAGAAUAUAGAAAAUUCAAUUGACGAAAUUACCUCCAUUUUCUUUACACUUAAUUUGCAAAAGCGACGCGGAAUCUGUUCAUCGGAUGAACUACGUAAUGAAUUAACAAAUUUAAAUUUAGAAGCAUGUAAUAUUGUAAAUGAAGAAUUUGCUAAAACAAUAAAAACUGAUCAUAGUUCUGAGAUAAGCCACGAUACCGAUGGCUCAAAUAAAAAAACCUCGUCAGAUUCUAUAGAUAUGGAUUUGGAUUUAAGUUUCAGUGAUAUCAACAGUUCUGAUAUAAAUACGUUUAAUGAAAAUAUUGUGCAGAAAUUAUGUUUAAGCGCAUUAAAAAAUAUAAAAGUAGGUAACCAAGAUGCCGAUAUCGAGAAUAUUCAAAGAAUAGCUCUUGAUAUACUCAAGGAAAUGUAUGCUAAGAAAGAUAAGAAGAAGAACGGCAUUAGCUCUGAGUUAUUAAACUCUAAACAACGUGAUCUGGACACUCCAACUGAAAUUCUGUCAGUACACGACUAUGAGAAUAUUUGUGCGGUGAACAUCGCAAGAGAAGCGUGGGGCUUGCGAUCUUGGAAUGGAUACUGUGAUAUUGAGAAUUGGCUUCACGAUGGGAGCGUAGUUAGGGACAGGAGCAGAGAUACAUUAACGUCUGGCAGUUCCGAAAUCAGUAGUUGUAUUUCACAAGAUUUGAAACACGCCAUAUUAUCAGCACCGCCCUUUCCGAAAAAGGCUCACACGUAUUCAAAUGUAUUCGUAAAGUUCGAUAGGAGUUCUCAAGAAGAUUAUGCGAAUUCUGUAGUUUGCCAAUCAAAUGAUGAAACUUUCCUGGCUAAGCCUUGUAUGAUAGACAAUAUUAAGGAUCCGAAUCAUUUGGAGCCUAUUCUUGAAGAGCUUGAUGAUUUGGGGGAUAUUGAUCCCGCUUGCAAAAAACGACUCAAUUCAGAAAGUUCACUGGUAGCGACAAUAGAUGAAAUUCGUAAAGCAACAGUCACUAAUUCGCCUAGAAAUCUAUAUCAUAGACGUGAACAAUUUUUAAAUUCGCCACAAUUUAAUUCUUCAAAAAUUGAAAAUAAUUUGAAAAGGGCCCUUUGGAAAGAACCUUCCAAAUUUAAUUCUAGUAACAUAAUGGAGUCGUUACCUGAAAAAGAAAAUAUUUUGGAUGUCUUCCAUGGAUCCAAAUUUGAUACAAGUAAAAAGGACGUAAAUGUUUCAUCAUCAUCAUCGUCCCCUAAUUCACAAGUAUCGUAUAAUAAAAGUACCGCGCGACGGCAAAAGUCUAACAUUUCUAAAACAAAAUCUUAUUCUAAAAAUAAUAAUAUUAGAACUGAACAUCAAGAUUUGUCAAGUAAAAACGUGGACUUCCUAUGGCAAAUGGUUUCUGAAAAUUCUCUACCUCUCAGUUCAAAUGAGGAUUUGAGUUUAAGUCGUAAAACGCCUUCACUGCAAUCUCUGAUACAUAAAGACGCUUCAUCAUCCUUUGUUAAUACUUCCACAAGUAAAAUUUCAAACAACAAAAAAACUACACGUAAUAGACCGCGGAGGAAAUUUUCUCUUUUAAGGGAACGGUUUGAACCUAAGUUAAAUCUACAUUCAGAUGAAGAAAUACUUUAUAAUUCAGACAAUACAUUACACCAGUCUGAUAAUUGCAUAUUACGGAAUCAAUUGGAUGUUACAAAUGAAGAUUUGAGAAGUGAAGAUAUAAUUUCAACCCAUAAAAGACCUAAUUAUCAUUCAUCUGAAUCGAAAUCUGUGUCUGGUACAAAUAUUUAUGAUUUAUCAUCGAAACAAAUAAAGGAGAAAAGAUCUUUGUUUAUGAAACAGGUAUUAAGUCCACCAAAGUUUAACACGAAACUAAAACAUAAAGCAUAAAUAUUAAAGACAAACUUUUCAUGAAAUUCAAUACAAAGUUCAAGGAUUGUGGACUUAAAAUGUGUAGAUUUUAUAUUAUUUGCCAAAAUUUUGCCAAACUAUGACUGAAUAUACUGUAACUUUAAGACAUACAUAUUAUGUUUUUCUGAUACAGUAUUGAUUGUAAUGACAUGAUAAAAAUAUAGAUUGAUUUAAAAGACUGCCAUUAAUACUGAGAAAGUACUUAUUGAUAAUGGAUCUGUUCGGAAUGGUAAUGGAAUCUCGUAAACUGGAUGUAUUAUUUUAUGUUCCUGUAUAAUUUAGCUAGUACUUAAUAUGUUGGUUACUAUAAAGUCAUAAACAUGGAUCUCAUAAGGACUGUAGUCAUUUUUAUACUGCUACCGGAUUUUUCUUUUCUAAAACACAAAAGUUGUGACCAUAUUCAUACACAAUUUAAAAAAAUACCAUAAUUAUGUUUACACAUCAAUAUGUCUAUUAUAUAAGAUGCAUAAUUUUUAUGUUUUACCGAAGUUUACCGGGUGAUAUAACUAGUCGUGAAAUAUUUGAAAGUAUAAUGAAGCAGUAUAAAAAAGUUUAAAAUCACUACCUUCCCUUAAAUUCCCAUUCCAUUUAAUAUUAAAAUAACUGUGAUGUAAGUGCCUUUCUAUACAAUAUAUUCCUGCCAGUAUUGUAAUUUUUAGCUUUGCUAUUUUGUAUAUACUAUGAAAAAAAAAAUAAAGACGUGUAUAAUCGUAAGUUUAUUUUUUUUAAUCGCAUAUUCCAACAUAUCAACCAUAUCGGUAUUUUAUCAGUUAUUGUAUGACGAUCGGUGAUAUAUGUAAAACCACUCCUUUUUUUAAUAACAAACCUAACAAAAACUAUACAACCAAGUUUUUUGAGUGCAAACGGUAAUUUUAUAUCUGUUACAAU